GGUUCCUGGGUGCGUAGGAGUCACGAGUGUUGCGCGGCGAGGAGUUUGCCCUCCCAGCCAUAAGGCUGCUGGAAGAGAGGGCCCGGGACUUGGAGCCGUUCAAAGUCACCCUACAGGUGUCCCACAAAGGACUGAAGAUCAUCCAGAAUGUGACGGCGAAAGGAAAACAGCAGACGAUCAAGCACUUCAUACCUCACGGCAGCAUCACCAGCGCAGCGGUGCAGGGAGACGUGGUGGCGUGUGUGCUACUGCUGUAUAACCCGCUCACAGGCUGUCCUGUACACGUACAUGCUUACAGAUGCGACUCCGACCACACAGCCGAGAUGCUCUACACACACCUACAAGCUCUGAUAGAGCGGCCGGAAAACCAAAAGAAGUUCGCAGACAUAGAGCGAAAGCUUCAAAUGAGGGGCGCUCUACCGUCUUCCAAGAAACCCCCAGAUUCUUCACUAGGGUCUGAGGUGUCAAGAGAGUCAGACUCUGGCAGCAAUGAGGAGAGAUGCGUGGCCAACCUCUAUGAUAGCCUGGCAGCUGAGCUGAAGCAGAAAUUGUCGACAGGUAAAAAGGGUAUAGGUAAAAGCCCCAUUCUCCUGCCGCCAAGAGACUACGACACCGUCCACAGACAGAAGGGGAAUCUAAGCAACAUUGACACCCGGAGGUGUCUGAACCAGAACAUAGUGGGGGUGAAUGCCAGGCGUAAGCUGGAGUCUUCGGGGGGCAGUUCUGGGAUCGGCAGCGAUCUGGCUCCGUCGCCGGAGAGGAACGACUACACCAGGCCGCACGACACGCAUAGCACUAGUGAGGAAGACUGGGCAGAGAGUACAGCGUACCUGAUGCACGAAGCGUUCGACCCAUCACCGCCAAGAAGGGCAGCCUCCCCUCGCCGCGCCUCACCUCCCCGCCGCACCCUCUCCCCCCGCGGCUACGACAGAACCUCCUACAACGACGACUACAACGAUCAAUACCGAGACCAGCUCGCGCCCUUCCGAGAAGCCACCUUCGAACGUCGGUUCCGUCACGAGUCCCUAGAACGCGUCAACAAAGAAAAACCAGAGAAAUUCAUCGAUGACUCCACCAACUAUAGGAGAAGGUACGUUGCCGAAACCAAACCCUCGAACAGAAGCAUGGACAAAGUCGAAGAUCGCAGGUUCGGCAAACUCCAGCGAGGAGCCAGCGAAGGCAGCCUCAAGCUCGCCGAAGCCGCACCCAAGGACCGAUUCAACGCCGCUAAAGAAAAGUUCAUGAAUCUAGAAAGGGAACGGUUUAACAAGGAACUGGAACAGCACAUGGCGAUACGGAGGAGCAUGCUCGAGAGGAACAGCCGCUCGACUUCUUCCCCCGAGGAGGAAAGAAGGGACGAGCGGCGGGAGCGUCACAGAGAACUGAGCUCCCGGAGAGAACCUGACCGUUCUCAUCGGGAUAUUGAGCGUUCUCACAGGGAGCCAGAGAGACGCAAAGAGGCCGACCGGAUUCGGGAUGACUCUAGAGAAUUGGGACACAGGGAGAUAGAGAGGCUGCCACGAGUAGGAAGAAAACGAGAAGACGUAAAGCGAUACGAAUACGGGGCUGAAGAUUACUUGAACAGAGUAGAGCCUAAGGUUCACAGGGAUGACUUUGACAGGGACAGGUACAGAGAGAGAAGGGAGCUGGACCGUCGCAUUGACGAGGAUGAGAUAAUUGAGCCAGUCAUCGAAGACAGAAGGAGAGACUGGAAUGACCGGCAGAGGGCGUUUAGUCGUUCGAGGUUGUUGGACGACCAGCGCCAGUCGUACACUGAAGGAGACCGAGACAGGUAUUUUGACAGAGACUACAGAGAUUUCCGCGAUCUCGCCGACCGACAGCCGACGAAGUUCCGCCAUAGUUACGCGGAGCCGAUACCCAGAGGUCGCCUCGGGACCGUGCGCCCUUACUAAAAUGCCAUAAUUAGAUUUUAACCACUUAAAAUUAGCGGCAAAGCUAUGAAUACCUUGUUCUGUGGACCUCAAGUCUUACUAGUUUUGAAUAAGAUGCCAGAUCAAGGAUGAGUCAGUCGACUUCCUAAUCACCGAUUACGGGCAUAAUGAUAGAAUAUUCGUAUUUCACGAGGCCAUUGAAGAUUUAUUAGUAAUCUGGACAAAGUUACGUUUGUACGAGUACCUUAUGUAGAUGAUGUUAUGCAUGUAACGCUCAAAUAUUGUAUUUAUGAAUAACUGAUUUAAAAGACAUUUUGAAAGGUUUGAUUCAAGAAGAAGAAGAAUUCAAAGAUAAAUACCAGCUCUAUUAUAGUCACAAUCAAUAAUAUCACAAAUAUAUUAUGCCUAUUUUGGAUUGCAACCUCGAUUGAUGAUUUUCAUAAAGUACCUUACUUAAAACAAUGAGUGUUACGUUCUGAUUUUUAAAAGAGUAUAAUAUUAAUUAUUAUCAAAAUUAUUGUCAUUAAAAAGAGUAGUCAUGUAAUUAGUAUUAAUCAUAGUAAUUACAUUAAUUUCGUAGUGCCUAUCCAAUAGAUAUACAUUGCAAAUAAAAUAUAUUUAUAAAUACUCAUUGUGGAAAGGUUUAUCAAUAUAUUGUAAAUAUAAAUUAUACAUCACAUAAAUGAGACUUAAAUGAUUAUGAAGAUUGACAUAGUGAUUAUUACGCAUUAUUAUAUGUACCUAUUUAAGACAUGUUGAAAAAUAACUUGUUGACAAGAUUUAGAAAUUAGAAAUACGACUUCAAUGUAUGGAUCAAUAAAAAUAUUAAUAUUAAAUGCUAUUUAAAGGUUUCCAAACUUUCUGUUUCAUUUGUAUAUGAAAAAUCUUAUUAUAUUCAUAUAAAAUUUGUUCGUUCCCUGAAAUUGAGAUUAUCAUGAAAAUUGUUAUAAUAUGAAAAAUAACUUUAUGUUGUAGAUAUACAUAAAUUAUCUAGGUACCAGUGACAUUUUAUUCAAAUCCAUCCGUUGUAUUCUGUUUGUAUAAUAGUAUCUAAUAAAAUUACAUUUCAAUUAUU